GACCUGUGGCGCGUUUUGUCCGCGCUCGCUGCGGCAAAGACGGCGGUUAUUUCAGCUUGUUUGGAGACUGUUUUUAAGGGGGCCCUUUGACUGAAGCAGGAACUGAAACCAGAGAAGAAGAGUGUCGUGUUGAGGCUUGUUGACAGCUCCACGUCACUUAUCAGCUGAUGGCCUGAUGGGGCUGCGGGACAAGUCGGGUUUAAACGUUGGGAAACUGUCCUGAUGGACAUCAGCUCACAUCUAAAUCACGUUAAACCGGAUAUUUCUGAGCUCAGAAAAACUCAGACAUGGAUCACAAAGAUGUGUUUGCAGCCUUGGACAGAGUGUGUGAGGACAACAUCUCCGUCCUGUGUGGUGCCUCCGAGUCAGCGUACGGUACCGUUACCCACCGCCUGGUCACGUGUAUGAAACAGAUCCAGGAGCAUGGCCGAGCCCUGGAGCCCCUGGUGGCCAGCUUCACCGCCGUCUAUCACCACUACGACUUCGAUGCAGAGACGCCCGGGAACGGCUACCGCACCCUGGUGAAGGUCUUGCAGUCUUGCCUUUUGCACAUCAUCCACAAGGGCCGUUACAUCGCCUCCAACUGCAGCGGCGCCUUCUUCAGGGCAGACCACAAUGCCUCGGAGAUGGAAGCAUACUGCAGUGCCUUGUGCCAGCUGAGGGCCCUGCUCCACCUCGCCCAUCGGCUGAUCAAUGACAAUGACUGCGGCCAGCUGUACACCCUGCAGGACGGGGAUCUGAGCCACAGGUUUGUGCAGGAAUACAGCUCCAUGCACAAGGCCUGUUUCUACGGCCGCUGCCUGGGCUUCCAGUUCACCCCUGCCCUGCGCCCCUUCCUCCAGACCAUCGUCAUCAGCAUGGUUUCAUAUGGAGAAAUGUUUGGGAAACAGCAGUCUGGGAUCAGUACGGCAGCACUUUCUCUCCUCACAUCCGGGAAGUAUGUCAUCGAUCCGGAGCUGCGAGGCACUGAGUUUGAACGCAUCACCCAGAAUCUGGACUUGAAGUUCUGGAAGUCCUUCUGGAACAUCACAGAGUCCGACAUUUUAUCAGGCUUCACCCGGAUCGCCUCCAACCCGGUCCAGGUGAACUUCACCCUGACUAUACCUCCAGUCACCCUACACCUCCCCCUGGCUUCAGAUCCCACGCUCUCCACCACUGUGUCACCUCCUGUAGCCCACUGGGGCCCCGGACCAGUCCACAUGCGACUGGUGUCCUAUGAGCUUCGAGACGGACAGGACAGUGAAGAGCUGCUGAUAUUUUCUCGCAGUGAUCCUGCCUCCCCCUCGGUGUCCCGUCUCCCCCGGUUAUGGAAGCAUCCUCGCUCCCCCUGGCUCAUCAUCCACUUCCACGGAGGAGGCUUUGUGGCGCAGACGUCCCGCUCCCAUGAGAAUUAUCUCCGGAGCUGGUCCAAGGAGCUGAGCGUCCCGAUCCUGUCGGUCGACUACUCCCUGUCGCCUGAAGCACCUUUUCCCAGAGCCCUGGAGGAGUGUUUCUACGCCUACUGCUGGGCUCUGAACAACUGUCAUCUGCUGGGUUCUACAGCAGAACGGGUCUGUCUGGCUGGAGACAGCGCCGGAGGAAACCUCUGCAUUACCGUGUCCAUGAGAGCCCUGACCUCCGGCAUCCGGGUACCCAACGGCAUCAUGGCUGCCUACCCCGCCACCCUGCUCACCACGGAUGCCUCACCCUCCCGCUUGCUCACACUCAUCGACCCUCUGCUGCCUUUAGGUGUUCUUGCAAAGUGCGUGAACGCAUAUGCAGGAGUGCAUUUUCAGACUGUGCAGCCUGUGGACAGACGAGGCAGUCUCAGUGCUCUGGGCAGAGACACCGCCAUGCUGCUCAGUGAUCUCACCCAGGGAGCUUCCAGCUGGAUCCAGUCCUUCCUGGACCCCAACCGGUCUUCAGGUGGCUCCCAGAGAAGAACCCGCAGGGCGUCCGCACCCCCCUCCUCACCUAGCUCUGCAGAUCGCAUUCAUUACCCUGACGGCUUUGAGCCGCUGCGCUCCGAGUGCCUGGCGUUUGUUCACCCGACGUCCUGCCCCGUCAUCAGGAACCCGCUGGUGUCGCCGCUGCUGGCUCCGCCCACCCUGCUGAGAGGCCUGCCUCCUGUACACAUAGUGGCCUCAGCUCUGGACGCUUUGCUGGACGACUCCGUGAUGUUCGCCAAGAAGCUGCGAGCGAUGGGCCAACCGGUGAGCCUGACGGUGGUGGAGGACCUUCCUCACGGCUUCCUGAGUCUGUCUCAGAUCUGUAAGGAGACAGAGUCCGCCGCUAACAUCUGUGUGGCUCGAAUCAGGGAGAUAUUUCAGCAGGAAAACACCCCGAAGCUGCAAGAGACUUUCCAGAGUUCAUGUUCGUCCGGUUGAUUCCGGCUCUGGAGUAGUAAACGAGCUGGAGGGAAAUCAUGUUGAUACCCUGCACUUUACACCUGUUCUGAGGAAGCUGUUAACAACUCACCAGCUUUAAUGUGAUCUGAUCACAGAAGAUUUCUGCCUUUAAAUUUCACAUCAGCUGCUCAGAGAAAACCAAACAGAAAACCUCUAAAAACACAUCUGACGGCCAUUUUUGUGCCUUGAACUGAGAGACUUGAUUUCAUCACCAGACCAGGAUAAAAACUGGACUUGAACAGGAAACACAUCCCAGACACACCGCUGUGUAUCAUCAUUAUUAUAUUUAUUUAAAAUAUAACCUGAUUUGAGCAGUUUGUGACAUGUUUACAGCUUAAUAAUGAGGAGGCCUUCGCUCUGGAUUCACCAGCUGCAAAAUAACCUGCAGGGUGUCGCUGUCUGUUUAAAACCUGCAUUAAAUCCAAACUUUAAGGA